CGGCGGCGCGAGUCACACCGAAACGGGCGGCAGCGAAAUGCAGGCGCGGGUGAAAUAUUGGUGGUUGGUGUUGACGUGCGUCGCGACCCACGCCUACGCGGCGCGCCUGCUUGCCGUGCUGCCGACUAACACCAGGAGCCACUACGUUAUGUACGGCAGGCUUGUCGAAGCUUUAGCAAGGAAACACCACCAACUCACCGUCAUAUCGCAUUUUCCCAUGAAAAAUCCGCCGCCCAAUGUAGAGGAAAUAAGUCUUGCUGGAACAAUACCGGAAAUCACCAACAAUCUCACUAAACGACAUUACCAUUCGUUGAAACCAGAUUUUGUCCGGAACUUGGAAGAAAUUAUGAAAGAAUGCGUUCAUGCGUGUGAAACCGUUUCAAGACUGCCCUCUGUAAAGGCUCUGCUUAAUUCCUCAGUAACCUUUGACAUGGUUAUAGUAGAAGUGUUCGGAAGUGAAUGCUUUUUGCCGCUCGGUCAAAGGUUCAAAGCUCCUGUAGUAGGGUUGCUCUCAAGUGUUCCCUUACCAUGGGUGAACGAACAACUUGGCAACCCAGAGGCAACUUCUUAUGUACCAGCCUAUAUGAUGGGUUAUGGACAACGAAUGAAUCUCUGGGAACGAUUUUCCAAUACAAUUGCUGUUAUUUGGUCGAAGAUAUUAUAUAAAUACAUGUCACAAAUUCCAUCCCAGGCAAUAGCAGAUCGUAUGUUUGGUCCCGGUCUAAAACUGGAAACACUAGCCCAAAACUACAGUUUGGUGUUAUCCAAUAGUCACUUCAGCAUCAACGAAGUUCGACCUUUAGUGCCUGCUUUAGUGGAAGUCGGUGGACUUCAUUUGGAUGAGUCACAGAAAUUGCAAAAAGAUCUCAAAGCGCUUUUGGACGCGUCUAACGAAGGAGUGAUCUACUGGAGCUUCGGAUCUAUGUCCCGUAUCGAAACAAUCCCUAGCGAGACUCUUGUGAACAUUUUCGAGGCACUAUCGCGGUUUUCCGAGAUUGUGCUUAUCAAGAUGAACAGGGGAUUGCUUUCAAGAAAUAUCACCGUCCCUGACAACGUUUAUACCAUGGAGUGGAUACCACAAUAUGCUACCCUUUGUCAUCCGAAUGUGAAGCUAUUUAUUUCACACGGUGGUCUUUUGGGGACGCAGGAGACGGUGGCGUGUGGGGUGCCUAUGUUGGUGGUGCCAUUAUACGCCGACCAGGCACUUAAUGCCCACGCCAUGAGUGACCGUGGGGUCGCUCGCACUAUCAUUCUAAGAGAUAGCACCGUUGAAUCCUGGACCGAAACUCUUAGUGAUUUACUAAGAAAUCCAAAGUACACAGAAAACUCUUUGAAGUUGCGAGAUAUCUUUCUUGAUAGACCAAUGUCUCCGCUAGAUAUGGGCGUGUAUUGGAUAGAGUACGUGUUAAGACAUAAAGGGGCUGCGCAUCUGCGGUCUCCAGUUCUUGACUUGCCACUACCCCAAUAUUUACUUUUAGAUGUAGUAAUACUUUGUAUAGCAAUCACGUUAAUGACGCUCUUUAUCCUACACACGUUAUUUAGGUAUUUAUGUACGAGAUGUAUCAAAUGGUGGCCUUUCGAAAAAAAAUUAGUGUUCGAGACUAAAAUAUUUAGAAAAAACGUUAGUCUAUUCCUUUGUCUUCUGUGGAAGUAUAAAGUGAAAACGAAUUGACCAGUGCCAAAAAUUAGUAGGUAACAAAAACU